CGAGGCGGCGGGGCGAUGCGCUUGCGCACUGAGAGCUCACACCAUAUGUGCCCUGUCCCAGUGCGCGGGUCUGUGGAGAGCCGGGUGCGAGAGGCGGCAGUGCGAGGGGAGCCGAGCCGAAAAGAGACCAAAGUCGGCUGGGGGACAGUGGGUCUGUGAGAGACCGAAUAGAGGGGCUGGGGCUACGAGCGCCGCUGACACACGAUGGGGAAGAAGCAGAAAAACAAGAGCGAAGACAGUGCCAAGGAUGACAUUGAUCUCGAUGCCUUGGCUGCAGAAAUAGAAGGAGCUGGUGCUGCCAAAGAACAGGAACCUCAAAAGUCAAAGGGGAAAAAGAAAAAGGAUAAAAGAAAGCCAGACUUUGAUGAAGACGAUAUCCUGAAAGAACUGGAAGAAUUGUCUUGGGAAGCUCAAGGCAUCAAAGCUGACAGAGAAAGUGCUGCAGUAAAGCCAACAGAAAAUAAUGAAGAAGAAUCCACCUCAAAACAAGAUAAAAAAAAGAAAGGACAGAAAGGCAAAAAACAAAGUUUUGAUGAUAAUGAUAGUGAAGAAUGGGAAGAUAAAGAUUCAAAAUCAAAAAAGACUGCAAAGCCAAAAGUGGAAAUGUACUCUGGGAGUGAUGAUGAUGAUGAUGAUUUUAAUAAACUUUCUAAAAAAGCUAAAGGGAAAGUUCAGAAAUCAAAUAAAAAGGGGGAUGGAUCAGAAGAAGAUGAGGAUAACAGUAAAAGAGUUAAAGAGCGUUCCAGAGUAAAUUCUUCAGGUGAAAGUGGUGAUGAAUCAGAUGAAUUUUUGCAGUCUAGAAAAGGACAGAAAAAAAAUCAAAAAAAUAAGCCAGGUCCUAAUGUGGAGAGUGGGAAUGAAGACGACGACUCCUCCUUCAAAAUUAAGACAGUGGCCCAAAAGAAGGCAGAAAAGAAAGAACGUGAAAGAAAAAAGCGAGAUGAAGAAAAAGCAAAACUGCGGAAGCUGAAAGAAAAAGAAGAGCUAGAGACUGGGAAAAAGGAUCAGAGUAAACAGUCUCAAAAGAAAUCUGAAGAAGAAGCUGUAAAAUCCAAAGUGGCCCUUGAUAUUGGAGCAGUCCCUGCCUCUGAAGAGAAAGGAGAGACUCCCACAGCUGCUGAAGAUGACAAUGAAGGAGACAAAAAGAAAAAAGAUAAGAAGAAAAAGAAAGAGAAGGAAGAAAAAGAGAAAGAGAAGAAAAAAGGACCUAGCAAAGCCACAGUAAAGGCUAUGCAAGAAGCUCUGGCUAAGCUUAAAGAAGAAGAAGAACGACAGAAGAGAGAAGAGGAGGAACGCAUAAAGCGGCUUGAAGAGUUAGAAGCUAAGCGUAAAGAGGAGGAAAGACUAGAACAAGAAAAGAGAGAAAGGAAAAAGCAAAAAGAGAAAGAAAGAAAAGAACGCUUAAAAAAAGAAGGGAAACUUUUAACUAAAUCCCAGAGAGAAGCCAGAGCCAGAGCUGAAGCUACCCUUAAACUUCUACAAGCUCAGGGUGUUGAAGUGCCAUCAAAAGACUCUUUGCCAAAGAAAAGGCCAAUUUAUGAAGAUAAAAAGAAGAAAAAAACAUUACAGCAGCUAGAAAAUAAAGAAGUAUCUGAACCAAUAGAAUUAUGUGCUGCUGUAGAAGUUGUAGAGCAAGGAGUUCCAGAAAAGGAAGAGACACCACCUCCUGCUGAACCAGAGGAGGAAGAAGAAACUGAAGAUGCUGGAUUGGAUGAUUGGGAAGCUAUGGCCAGUGAUGAAGAGAGAGAAAAAGAAGAAAACACGGUGCAUAUAGAAGUAAAAGAAAAUCCUGAGGAGGAAGAGGAGGAGGAGGAAGAAGAGAGUGAAGAAGAUGAGAGUGAAGAGGAAGAGGAAGAGGAAGGAGAGAGUGAAGGCAGUGAAGGUGAUGAAGAAGAUGAAAAGGUGUCCGACGAGAAGGAUGCAGGGAAAAUGUUAGAUAAAAAACCAAGUAAAGAAAUGAGUUCAGAAUCUGAAUACGACUCUGAUGAUGAUCGAACUAAAGAAGAAAGGGCUUAUGACAAAGCCAAACGGAGGAUUGAGAAACGGCGACUUGAACAUAGUAAAAAUGUAAAUACAGAAAAGCUAAGAGCUCCUGUUAUUUGUGUACUUGGACAUGUGGACACAGGGAAGACAAAAAUUCUAGAUAAACUUCGUCACACACAUGUACAAGAUGGUGAAGCAGGCGGCAUUACGCAACAAAUUGGGGCCACCAAUGUUCCCCUGGAAGCUAUUAAUGAACAGACUAAGAUGAUUAAAAAUUUUGAUAGAGAGAACGUACGAAUUCCAGGAAUGCUCAUUAUUGAUACUCCUGGGCAUGAGUCUUUCAGUAAUCUGAGAAACAGAGGAAGCUCUCUUUGUGAUAUUGCCAUUUUAGUCGUUGAUAUUAUGCAUGGUUUGGAGCCCCAGACAAUUGAAUCUAUUAACCUUCUGAAAUCUAAAAAAUGUCCCUUCAUUGUUGCACUCAAUAAGAUUGAUAGGUUGUAUGAUUGGAAAAAGAGCCCCGAUUCUGAUGUGGCUGCUACUUUAAAGAAGCAAAAAAAGAAUACAAAAGAUGAAUUUGAGGAGCGAGCAAAGGCUAUUAUUGUGGAAUUUGCACAGCAGGGUUUGAAUGCAGCUUUGUUUUAUGAGAAUAAGGAUCCCCGUACUUUUGUGUCCUUGGUACCUACCUCUGCACAUACUGGUGAUGGCAUGGGAAGUCUGAUCUACCUUCUUGUUGAGUUAACUCAGACUAUGUUGAGCAAGAGACUUGCACACUGUGAGGAGCUAAGAGCACAGGUUAUGGAGGUUAAGGCUCUCCCAGGAAUGGGCACCACUAUAGAUGUGAUACUGAUCAAUGGGCGUUUGAAGGAAGGAGAUACAAUUAUUGUUCCUGGAGUAGAGGGGCCCAUUGUAACUCAGAUUCGAGGCCUCCUAUUACCUCCUCCAAUGAAGGAAUUACGGGUGAAGAACCAGUAUGAAAAGCAUAAAGAAGUAGAAGCAGCUCAGGGAGUAAAGAUUCUUGGAAAAGACCUAGAGAAGACAUUGGCUGGUUUACCCCUCCUGGUGGCGUAUAAAGAAGAUGAAAUCCCAGUUCUUAAAGAUGAGUUGAUCCAUGAGUUAAAGCAGACACUAAAUGCUAUCAAGUUGGAAGAAAAAGGAGUCUAUGUCCAGGCAUCUACACUGGGAUCUUUGGAAGCUCUACUUGAAUUUCUAAAAACAUCAGAAGUGCCCUAUGCAGGAAUUAACAUUGGUCCAGUCCAUAAAAAAGAUGUUAUGAAGGCUUCGGUGAUGCUGGAACAUGAUCCCCAGUAUGCAGUAAUUUUGGCCUUUGAUGUGAGAAUUGAACGGGAUGCACAAGAAAUGGCUGAUAGUUUAGGAGUUAGAAUUUUUAGUGCAGAGAUUAUUUAUCAUUUAUUUGAUGCCUUUACGAAAUAUAGACAAGACUACAAGAAACAGAAACAAGAAGAAUUUAAGCACAUAGCAGUAUUUCCCUGCAAGAUGAAAAUCCUCCCCCAGUAUAUUUUUAAUUCUCGAGACCCAAUAGUGAUGGGAGUGACUGUGGAAGCAGGUCAGGUGAAACAGGGGACACCCAUGUGCGUCCCUAGCAAAAAUUUUGUUGACAUUGGAAUAGUCACAAGUAUUGAAAUAAACCAUAAACAAGUGGAUGUUGCAAAAAAAGGACAAGAAGUCUGUGUCAAAAUAGAACCUAUCCCUGGGGAAUCUCCCAAAAUGUAUGGAAGACAUUUUGAAGCUACAGACAUUCUUGUCAGUAAGAUCAGCCGGCAGUCCAUUGAUGCCCUCAAAGACUGGUUCAGAGAUGAGAUGCAGAAGAGUGAUUGGCAGCUUAUUGUGGAGCUGAAGAAAGUAUUUGAAAUCAUCUAAUUUUUCCACAUGGGGCAGGAAUUGGAAUAAAUGCAAUAUUAUGUUCUAAAAUCACCAGGAAAAACCAGACAAAAAUGGAACGGAUGUAUCUGGACACUGAUGAACUUAAGUAUGGAAGGAAAAAAAUAGGUCUAUAAAAUGUUUUCCAUGAGAAACCAAGAAACUUACACUGGUUUGACAGUGGUCGAUUACAUGUCCCCACAGUUGUUCCAACGUGCCUGUUCACCUGCCCCCCCCCCACCCUUCUCUACUGGCUGCUGUUUUAAAGUUUGCCCUAACCCAAAUUUGGAUUUUUAUUACAGAUCUAAAGCUCUUUCGAUUUUAUACUGAUUAAAUCAGUACUGCAGUAUUUGAUUAA